AUGCCGAACUCUUUUUUUUUGCUGUUAAGGGAAUUCUAUUUUAAAAUUGUUUCCAAUUCUUUAGGCUCACCCUGUGAUCCCACUUUCAUCCUGGGCUGUGCUCCCUGCAAUGUGAUCUGCUCCAUUGUUUUCCAUAAACGUUUUGAUUAUAAAGAUCAGCAAUUUCUUAACUUGAUGGAAAAAUUUAAUGAAAACAUCAAGAUUGUGAGCAGUCCCUGGAUCCAGAUAUGCAAUAAUUUUCCUCCUUUCAUUGAUUAUUUCCCGGGAGCCCAUAACAAAUUACUUAAAAACAUUGCUUUUGUGAAAAGUUAUAUUUUGGAGAAAGUAAAAGAACACCAAGAAUCAAUGGACAUGAACAACCCUCGGGACUUUAUUGAUUGCUUCCUGAUCAAAAUGGAGAAGGAAAAGCACAACCAGCAGUCUGAAUUCACUAUUGAAAACUUGGAAAACACUGCAGUUGACUUGUUUGGAGCUGGGACAGAGACAACAAGCACAACCCUGAGAUAUGCUCUCCUUCUCCUGCUGAAGCACCCAGAGGUCACAGCUAAAGUCCGGGAAGAGAUUGAACGUGUGAUUGGCAGAAACCGGAGCCCCUGCAUGCAGGACAGGAGCCACAUGCCCUACACAGAUGCUGUGGUGCAUGAGGUCCAGAGAUACAUUGACCUCCUCCCCACCAACCUGCCCCAUGCAGUGACCUGUGAUGUUAAAUUCAGAAACUACCUCAUCCCCAAGGGCACAACCAUAUUAAUUUCCCUGACUUCUGUGCUACAUGACAACAAAGAAUUUCCCAACCCAGAGAUGUUUGACCCUCGUCACUUUCUGGAUGAAGGUGGCAAUUUUAAGAAAAGUAACUACUUCAUGCCUUUCUCAGCAGGAAAACGGAUUUGUGUGGGAGAAGGCCUGGCCCGCAUGGAGCUGUUUUUAUUCCUGACCUCCAUUUUACAGAACUUUAACCUGAAAUCUCUAGUUGACCCAAAGGACCUUGACACCACUCCAGUUUUCAAUGGAUUUGCCUCUGUGCCACCCUUCUACCAGCUGUGCUUCAUUCCUGUCUGAAGAAGAGCCGAUGGUCUGGCUGCUGCUGUGCUGUCCCUGCAGCUCUCUUUCCUCUGGGGCGUUAUCCACCUUUCACUAUAUGUGAUGCCUUUUCUGGCCUGUCAUCUCACAUUUUCCCUUCCCUCAAGAUCUAGUGAACAUUCAGCCUCUGUUAAGGAGAGUUUCCUAUGCUUCACAAUGCAAAUAUAUCUGCUAUUCUCCAUAGUCUGUAACGGUUGCAUUGACUGUCACAUAAUACUGAUACUUAUCUAAUGUUGUUAUUAAUAUGUUAUUAUUAAAUAGAGAAAGAUGAUUUGUGUAUCAUAAUUCAAAGGCAUUUCUUCUCUGCAUGUUCUAAAUAAAAAGCAUUAUUAUUUGCUG